AUGGCUUCCGACCACCACCCCGCCACCACUUUCGUCCAAGCCAACCCUUCCAACUUCCGUGCCGUCGUCCAACGACUCACCGGCGCCACCCCACCAGAAUCCUCUUCUUCAUCCCACAAACACCCCAUCGUCGCCGGAGAUAUUUCUCAUCGGAGAUCCGGAUUCAACCUUCAUGAAAGAAGACAAACCACAGGGAAACUCGAGAUCACUCUCAACCGACCCUUUGGUAUCAUCUCUCCGUCGUCAGCAAGGCAACGGAGCUUCGCCGGAGGCGAGAUGAUGAUGUCGUCGCCGGUUUCGACGUUGGAUGUUUACGGCAGAGGGAGUCCACGGACGCCGGUGGAAGAAGAAGAGAGAGCUAUUGCUGAGAAGGGGUUUUAUUUGCAUCCUAGCCCGCUUAAUACUCCUAGAGGAUCCGAACCCGAAUUGUUGGUUCUGUUUCCUCUUCGUUCACCCAAAACGGAUCCAUCGUCUUCUUCUUCUUGACCCGAUUGUAAUAGGGUUUAUGAUGUACUAUUAGAUGAUUAUUAAUUAGGAUUAAUUAGUGUGUUUUAAUUUCAUUUAAUGUAAUUUUAUCCGAAUU